GAACCCAACCAAACGGAGCGUAAAACAUUUGGAGCAUGCGUGGAAAUUAAUAAUGCAAUAAUAAUGUGUGCAGAGAUUUGUAUCCAAUAAAAGGACGUGAAUGCAUUAACGAGGCCUUCACUAAAUCCAACGGCCAUUUAUUUUGUCACUUUCCCUUCCCUACAAAACCUCGCUCUUCCAUUAACAUCUUACAUUACCUUCAACAAGAAAUAUAGUCCAUUCUUUUGUAUUGUAUAGUUGUUUUUGUUUUUUCACUUUUUAUUUGAAUUUACUGCUUAAAUGUCUGAUAAAUCCCCCAUUUUCUCUAUACUCCAACCGCAACCAUUUUCGGACUAUGGAUUUGAACCUCAGAUUGACUACUAUCAGGUUUUGGAAGAAGCGAGGAAGCACAAGUCCACGACAAGAUCUAUAGACCUUCACUUCAAGCUACAAAAACCCAUCUCCAAAGACGACGCCUCCAAGAAGAUCAAGAAAAACAAGAAACGCUGGUGGCGUAACGCGCUUCUAUUCUUCAGAUUCCCCAAGCAGGCGCCUCCUGCCGGCGCCGCCGCUGAUCCAGGCGCUCUCCGCCGCCGCAUUGGAUUGAUAUCUGGCCCGGUUUACAUAACUGAGAGCAGGAGCGGCUCGACAACGCCCUACCGAACCGUCAGCCGGCCUGGGUCCGGUCCGCUCGCGAAAGGGAAUGUGGAGAUCCCCUACAUCAGCCUCAGGGAGCUGAAUAUGGACCACAACCACAGCGUUUCCGCCACGUCGGCUACGCCCAUAUAUUUGGUCACGUGAUGGAUUCUUGACCUUCUCGUCCAGUGGGACCUUUACUUUUUUACUUUAUUUUACUUUUUUACUAUUUUCCUUUUUGGAUUUUCAAGAAUUUGACUUUUAUGGAUCUCCUAUAGUCGCCUUAAGUACUGUAGAAAAAGAUCGUUGGGUUAUGGUGGAGAUGAAUAAUAUUGGAUUUCAGGCUUUAUAGCUACAAGAAUCCAGCUUAUAGUCCUUCCUGUUUUCUU